GUCUUCAAAAGCAAUACUCAAUCUGCUUAAUCAGCGCACAUGGCUUGAUUGAUUAAUACACCAAGGCAGUCAGUUUGAACCUGUGGUCUAUUCACCCUGGAUAUAUCAUCUGUCGUACCGUAUUAAAAAAAAAUCAGCAAAAUAUCCCUCACAGACAUCUGGCAGAAGAAUUACAGUCUGGUGAUGGCCUCAUGACUUAGCGUUCCGUCAGCUCUUCUACUGUUAUAUAUAUCGUCUGUGUUGUGUACAAACUGAUUCAAGUGAAAUACAAAGAAAGGAGGUGGGAGAUGUUAUACUGGCAGAUAGUAGCAUUCAUUCCUGUGUGUUAUAUGUCAGGUUUGGUAAAAUGAUUAUAAACUUGUUGCUUAAUGUUGUUGUUGUUGUAGAAUAUUUCCUUUUGUUUUGAAGGAAAUGGCCUGCAGUGCUGAUGGCUUACCCACAAGUGAGGCCCUCAGUCUCUUGCAUGAGGACAUCUCCAUCGCUUUGGAUGAAUAUCAGAAGACAGAAGCUGAAAAGAACAAAGGUUUUGGACCAAAGAGUGUUCUGUAUGAAGCCUUCCACCACAAGAGUAGUCUCUCUGUGUUUCAUUGGACAUCAGUGAUAGCGUUGAUCGUUGAAGGCAUCGUGCUGCUGGUGGCCUUCGCUGCAUGUAAUGACCCCAGGUACCAGCAUCUUCCUGCCGAGUCCUUCUUCAUUUUCUUAGCAGUAAUUCUUAACGUGUACUUGGUGUGGUGGGACACUCAGCUGAGGCACAAAGAGGUCCCAAGACUCACACACAACGUCUUAAAGGAUCUUAAAGAAUACCACGGCAAUGUGUUGUGGUCUGCCGAGAACUAUCCUCACCUCCACCCCCCCUGCAUCACCCUCCAGUGGACUCGUCGCGAUGGUAACACAGUCAACCUCCCUUGGUCUCUCCUGGUGCGUGGGGAUAUUAUACUCAUGAAACCUGGACAGAAAGUUCCUGCUAGAUGUAGGCCCAUGCAGGACAGUUGCAGCGGGGGCGGGGGAGAACUACACAUGGGCGACAUCUAUUCCCCAAAUCUAGAAGGUAUUGGGGAGGGCUUCAGCUCCCCCAAGGCCCAGACACCCCUCAGAGCCACUCCUUACAUACUACUGGAAACACCUUACAUCUCCAACCUGAGAAUCCUACUUGCCGAGGCUCUUAACAGGCCAGUGACCGUGUUCAACAAGCAACGUUAUUAUUUGUUCAGUUGGGCGAUGGAAACUGUCAUAUUACCCAUUGUUGUGGGUCUUAUCCUGGUCAUCAAUGCACUCAGAGUGUACUACGGGAGUUGGGUUGGAGACUGGACUGAGGUGCUCCUGAUUGGUCCUGUGUGUGUGGCUCUUCCUCUCAUCCCUCUGGGUCUCCCCUUAGCGUGGCUCAUGCUCAACUGGCUUGGUACGGCACGGAUCCUCACCUUGUACCACCAUGUCAAUAAGUUGCAGAGUGACCCGAUGGAAGAUCCAUUUGAGGACGCGGAGCUCGAGGCCCUGCAGCUGUCUGAGAUGUCGGUCAGGUGGAUCGAACUCCGGAAGCACUUCAUCCUGACCAUGGCGGGCAAGGAGCCUUCCCCCAUAAGAACUGCAAAUGUUCUUCAUGUCUUAGCAUCAGUAACGAACCUCUGCUGCGUUGACAAGAAGGGAGUUCUGUCGUGGCCGAACCCUACAGCAGAGAAAGUGUUUUUCCUCAAGAACAGAGCUCAUAAUAAUCUUGCUUCCAGUGCUCCAUCUCUGUAUGGAGAAGAUGCCCUUUUCCAAGAAAUCAAAACUGAGAAGAUCAUUUUAUCAAAUCCUACAAAAGAAUCCGAGUCCGUGUUGAUGUCGCUGACCCACGAUCAUCAGACGGCUUUUGGGCUUCAGUUUGACGACCCGAUGUGGAGACGCUACCUACUCUCGCUCAAACCCCUCGGCCUCAACAUACUCCUGAACACCUGUAACCCGGCCACCCAGAAUCACUACACCCAGUUCUGUGCUCACAUAACCUGUGAAGCUAUGUAUAAUGAAGACCUUGUACCAGUCUCACAGAGGAGGUGCUUGUGUGAGCUGGCCAAACAAAUAGGUUUCAGUGAACAAGCUCAAGAACCUUUUGAGUUGGAGCAUCAGCUGUCGACAUUUAGACAUGUGCCUCCAGAUAUGGCGUGCAAAGAUCGUCUGGCCAAGUCGUUAAUGAUCACCAAACUCAAGUUCCCCUUCCCACACAUGGUCUCGGUGCUGGUGAGGGACCGCGGCUCACGUAAACUGGAGUUAAUGUCACAGGGUACAGCAGAUAUUGUGUUAGAUUCUUGCACUGACUACUGGGACGGCUACGACAUCUGUCCAUUGACGGAGAAGGACAGAAAGAAAAUAUUGGAUUUCUACCACCGAACGAGUCUCUCUGCCUACUGCACCGCGUUCUCCUACCGUCCCACCUCUUGUGUUGUCAGAGAGAACUUAACCAAUAUCUACAUGGAGCUUCCUAUUGACCCGACGCAUCUCUACAACGCAGCCCGGACGCCUACACCACACAUCAGCACAGAGGCACUUUUUGGUGAUGAGGAACACACAGAAUAUGAGGAGAUUGACGAUAUUGACGAUGCCUUCAGAAUGCAGUGUAAACAAAUCUUCAUAGGUAUGGUGACGAUGCAAUAUCAAGCCAAGACCGAUAUGGUACAAAUGAUUGAGCAACUAGACGCUUCGUGCAUUCGGUUCGUCCACUUCAGCAAAGAGAACGAGCUGCGGUCGCGAGUGUUUUCAGAAAAGAUGGGUUUAGAGAGUGGCUGGAAUUGUCACAUAUCUCUCUUGUCAGAUCGGACCAGGACAGAAAGUGGAAAUUCAAGUCGCACAGGACAAGCGGCUUCCGUCAAGACGUCCGGCCUGACACUGUACAGACAAUCCACCGAGGACGUCACCAGCCCUGACCUUUCCAAGACUCGAUUCCGUUUUAGUUAUAAUGGUUGCCUGAAGGCCACGCUGAUGGGAAUUUGUGUCAGGAAGAAAAGCUACGGCCGUCACAACAACGACGCCCUGGGAUAUAUGUCAGAGCUUUUCUAUGAAUAUUUUGUUUGUGUAAUUGUUCUUACUGCCUUGCACAUGUUUCUCGAUGCCUCUAGCUCCUCCUUUAAGGGGUUCCAACGUAGUAAGAGUCAGCGAAGAAAGGGGCUGGGUUUAAGAAGCUCCCUGGAGGUUUCCCGGGCGCUCAGUCACUCGGCGCCGUCGGCGAUAAACUUGGAGGUCGCGCAGGUGAAGUUCGAGGAGGAGGUGUCCAUCUGUUCUGAAUUCUCUCAGUCGCAUACCUCAUACCUGGAGGAUGAGGACGACCAGAGACUUACAGGGUUUGGUUAUAACUGCCCUGGAGGGACGAGCGAGGAGUGUAUGAUGCUGGCGGAGGAGGAGAACACAUGCGACCAGGGUGACCCCACGAGUGAUCAGCAGUCGCAUAUGUCCGGCCAGUCCGGGUCGCGCUCCACCUCUAGAGGGACCGAUAGCACCGAACACUCCGCCUCGUUUAACUUUGAUAUGUCUAAUCGGGCGCGACUCCCAAAAGGCAUCGAGAACAUCAAACCCCAUCUUGAAAACGUAGACAAUGUUCCGUUGCUGGUGUCCCUCUUCACCGACUGUACCCCACCAGCGACGUGUGCCAUGCUCACCAUCAUGCAGGAGUACACGGAGGUUACUAUGGUGAUGGGGUCCUCGGCCAACGCAGAUAACAUGAAGCUGUUUAUGCAGGCUGAUGCUAGUCUGUCCGUGGAUCCGCUCUACCCACAAGUGUGUAUGAGGGAAGCAGUGUUCAUCCGGCCUCCCUCUUCUAAGGGUCCGGCCCCUUCAGAAGUUGCUCGAUCCCUCAACUUGUUGCCCUGUUCAUUAGCCUUCCAUCGUGACGACAGAGUCUCUCUCGUUCAUCUCAUAAUGGAGUCUCGUCACUACAUGCAGCAGAUGAUGAGUUGCCUACAGUUCUGGGCAUGUUGCUGUCUCUCCCUCACCUUCCUCCAGCUGUUGGCCGCUACUGCUGCUCUGCCUCCGUUGUUAUCCUCAGGGGAUGUUGUCUGGCUAGUGAGUGUAAUAAUCCCAAUUGUAUCUGUGUCGUUAGUGGCGGCUCCGACCAAUCGCGCGGUCAUGAACCAGGCCACGGGAAAAAACGUAGUGGUAUUAAAUAAACAAAUCUUUCGUUACGUCGUGCUGUACUACAUCUGCAAGUUUGUUCCAUCUGUAGUGGUGAUCCUCCUGUGCGGGGGAUUAACUCUAGCGAGCUUCUGCCGGGAUAUCGCCAGUCAACACAACUCUACCUGUACAUACAUAUAUCCUGAUGAAGUUCCUAUUAUAUUUACUAACAGUACAAAUUAUGAUGAACAGAGAUCAUGGAAAGGCUGGGGAGACGUUUAUGCAGAUUCCCUGAACGCUGUACAAAAUGGUGUUGCGUUUCUGCUGGUUUUCUACAUCUGUAUGAUCUCAAUUUCAUUUGUGCACCGGAUGUAUCAACUGUGGACAAAGAACCCUCUCACUAACAGGUGGUGGGCCUCCAGUGUGUUUGCUGUUUUGGUACUUCAGGUUGUGUAUGGGGGUGUGUGUUUGUCUGGCUCAAAGCAAACACCCAGAGGUCCCGGUCUGUCUGAUAUUCCUGCGUGGUUGUGGUUGAUGGCAUUCAUAUGGCCUUUCUUGCUCAUUCCUCUCAAUGAAAUCAUCAAAAGAAGAGAAAUAAGAGUAAAUGUCAGAUAUCAAAAGAGAGCGAGACUGGAAUUUGGCACAAAAUUGGGAAUGAAUUCUCCCUUCUGAGACGAGCCGAGACAAACUCACGUCACGAGCAGAUCAGAUCAUCCGCUGGUGUUUUUUGUGUACAGUUACUAAUGUUCGUACGGUAUGUAUUUUAACUUACACUCAGACGACAUAAUAAAUUUUUUUUAGGCAAUUUCACCGAACAGAAAUACAAUGGUAAGAUAUGUAUUUUUUAUAUUCACUGGACGUUUGUAUUUUGAUAAUAAUUAUACUGUCUGUUAUUUAGAAAAUGCAUAAAUGUGUAGAUUAAUUUGGUACCAUGAAGAAUAGACACAAUGAGAAGGAGGUUUUUCAUGUCACGGUCAUUCUAAAACACAAUUGGUAACUAUAAUUUGGAAUGCCGAAGUAAUUUUUAUCAUAGGAAAAAAAAGGUAAUUUAAUUUUUAAGUAUACAGUAUAUGACUGUAUUAUUUAUUUACUAGUGUUGUUUAAAUAGCUGUGAUGAUAAAAAAAGACAAGGAAUAAAUCUUUUUAAUGUGAUUACUUUUGUAGUUUUUAUGGAAAUUGAUAUGUGCAAAAGAUUUAAAGACUUGAUUUGUUUCUUAAGUGCCAUAGGACUUUUUAUCACUUGGUAUUUUUUUUAUUUUCAUUGACUGUUAAUAGGAACUAGAUGCCUAAUACAGUACAGGUUGGUCAAAUCCAAAUGGAGAUAGACUGGUAUAUUGUUACGACUCAUCAGGUUGGUGUCACACUUGAUUGGCCAGUGUUAUCAGAUUGGUGUUCAGCAUACAUACACAACAACCUUGAUUAUGAUAAACCUCUAGAGAUUCUUAAGGUACAGUCGCCAUGACCAGGCUUGAGAUAUGGCCAUGGCCCUUGUGUGUUUGUCUGUCCUUGUCUACAAUAGAGCCAGGUUUGUGUCAGUCUGAGGCUCACCUCUUGGUGCUUAACCCCUUGAGUACAACAACUAAUUCAUAGUAUGCAAGGGGCAAGGUUUAGUGUCAUUGUCUAUUCAAAAGUUAAGGUCCUCAUACUCAAUGAAUUGGGGUUAACAUACUCAGGGGGUUAAUGUCAUUGUACUCAAGGGGUUAG